UUGUUAUGGUUCUGUUCGCAGUUAACAGAGUUUGUCGCUGCAAAUUAAACAGCUGUUUUCGCCGCGGUCUUCAUAUCAAAAAGAAGCAGACAAUUUAAUGGACGCCACUGCGAAAAUAUUGGUUGUGGGUGAUGUGCGCGGUCGUUUCAAGCAACUGUUUAGCAGAGUAGAGCAAGUCAACAAGAAAGCGGGACCAUUUGAAAUUCUGUGCUGUGUCGGCGACUUUUUUGGCGCGGAUAAGCAAAACGAAGAACUUAUUGCAUAUAAAAAUGGAUUCAAGCAUAUUACUGUACCCACGUACAUACUGGGACCCAACAAGGAGGAGGACAAGAAGUUCUUCGCGAAUUUGGUGGAGGGAGAAGUCUGCACAAAUCUAACGUAUCUGGGCAAGCGUGGUGUUUAUACGCUGACCAGCGGUGUCAAAAUUGCCUAUUUGAGUGGCAUAGAAGCAGCUGGAAGUGUUGGCGGGGAGCACGAGUUUACCAAAGCCGAUGUGCAGGCCGUGCGCAAUUCCUGUCUGGUCUCGAAGAAUUGUGCCACAGACUACCGAGGAGUGGAUGUGUUGUUAACUUCCCAAUGGCCCUACGCUCUGCUGGAGAAAGAGAACGAAAAAGCUUCCAAAUUAAUAUCGUUCCUUUGCCGCGAGAUUAAGCCGCGUUAUCAUUUCUGUGCCAUCAAUGGCACCUACUUCGAGUGUCCACCGUUUCGCAUACCCAAAGAUGAGACCACUCAGUUUGAGCUGUGCACACGAUUUAUAUCGCUGGCAGAUGUUGGCAAUCUUGAAAAGUCAAAAUACAUUUAUGCGCUUAGUCUGAAGCCAGUGGAUAAGGCGCGUCUGCUGGAUCUAGUGCAAAAGACAACAAAUGAAAUACCCUGCCCUUUUAUCGGCCUAGAUAUGGGUGGUACCUUCAGCAAGAAUGAGACGUCUGAAAGCCGACAGUACUUUUUUGACAUGGAUUCCAGCGGCAAUCGCAAAAGGCGCGGUGACGGCAGAAAUCAAGAUAAGCGGCCCAGAAUAAUGCAGAUUGAUCAGGACGAUUGUUGGUUCUGCUUAUCGUCGCCUAAGGUGGAAAAGCAUCUCAUUAUCGCGAUAGGAGAGCGAUUUUAUAUGGCAUUGGCAAAGGGACCCAUUAAUAGCCACCAUGUCCUAAUAUUAUCCACAAAGCACAUGCCUUGCACAGCUCAAUUGAGUACGGAAGAAUGGGAGGAGCUAGACAAAUUUAAAGCGGCAUUGAAGAAGCUCUUCAAGACACUGGGACAAGUUGUGUGCUUUACCGAGCGUCAUUAUAAGUCUCCUCACCUUACUAUAGAUGUUAUGGCUUUUGAGGAAGGCUACUCUUGGAAGAUAAAACACAGUUUUGAGGACAAAGCCGAAGAGUUUAACUUGGAAUUUGAGACGGUUCCCGUUUUAACUUCACCGCAAAUGCUGCCAGAAAUGGGUCCAUACUUUGUAGCCGAGUUGCCCGACGAAAGCACAUUAAUAACGCGACAAAUGAAACAUUUUCCGCUGCACUUUGCAAGAGAUGUAUUUUGUUCCGAAAACUUGUUAAAUUGCGAUGAGAAAGUAAACUGGAAGGAUUGUCUGCUCGAGAGGGACGAAGAAGUUGCCAAUGUGGAAGAAUUUCGAAAGAUUUUUGCACCCUUCGACUUUACAGAUGAUGAUUGAUUAAAAGAAAACCAGCGCUUUCAGCACAGUACAAAAUUUCUAUUAUUGUUUUCGAACACACCAAAACAUGCACACAAUCUGGCUUAGAACUAGUCUACAAUAUGUUAGUAGUAAAUGAAAAUUUGUUAAAUUUACGAGUCCCGUUGAUAGAUUUUGUUAAGUAUUUGCAAAAAGGUCUGAUGUGGCACACCACGAGAUGUUUGCUGUAUGUGCGUUUUGAUCAUAUUAUACGAUUCCUCCUCAAAAAUGGCAUAUGUCGAGGGCAGGCUGAGUUCUUUA